AGUGCUGCCACCUCUAUUUUGCAUGCCCUUUUUGGUCCUCAUCAUCAUCAUCUCUUGCCCCUCACCUCUCCCCUUCUUCCUCUCCCUCUAUAACCCAACAACAACAACAACAACAGAACAAACCCCGGCUCAAGAAAUCCACAUCGUCUUCCAUGGCGGUUGAGGCUGGCCACAUGAAUAUCUUCGCUCCUCAGUUUCUCGCUAAUAGAGAUUUCAUCAAGACGAAUCAAGGAAACAGCAACGUGUACAAUGCCCAGAUGAAUAAUGGGAUUGCUUUACCCAAUACUGCAAUGCCUGAACAACUCCCCCUCUACCAAGCACUUCUUUGUGAUCCCAAUUCGGCUAAGGCCUCCAUGAACAACAAAGCUGAUAGCGGUCUCACCUACAAUAUUCCUGCGCCGAAGAAGAGGCCGAGAGAUUCUGUUGAUGAUUUCGAUGCUCUCGCUGCCUCUCAGAAACACAAAAUCUCUCCCUUCUCAUCCAUUAUCGACCAAAAUGUAAUCUUCCAGAUCCAACAACAGCAAUCAGAAAUUGACCGCUUCAUUGCCGAACACACUGAGAAAGUGAGAAUCGAACUCGAAGAGAGAAGAAAGAGACAAUCAAGACUGCUGAUAGCCGCAAUCCAAGAAGGGGUAAUCAAGAAACUCAAGGAAAAAGACGAGGAGAUUCAGAGGAUGGGAAAACUGAACUGGGUUCUUCAAGAAAGGGUCAAGAGUUUAUACGUCGAAAAUCAAAUCUGGAGAGAUUUAGCCCAGACAAAUGAAGCCACCGCCAACUCCUUGCGCACGAACCUGGAGCAAGUCCUCGCGCACGUAUCCGACGACCGUCACGCCACCGGCGGCAAAGACCUGGCAGACGACGCGGAAUCGAACUGUGGAAGCUGCAAUCCGGCGGAGGAAUCGGAGAGAGGAGAAGAAGCAGAAGGGAGAAAUGGUGGUGGGAAUCGGAUGUGCAGAAAGUGUGGGGAGAGAGAAUCGAGUGUGUUGUUGCUGCCAUGCAGGCAUCUGUGUCUGUGUACGGUUUGUGGGUCAAGUCUGCUACGCGCUUGCCCAGUGUGUAAUUCCGCCAUGAACGCAAGUGUACAUGUUAACAUGUCGUAAUUUUCUUUAUAAUUUUUAGUUAAUUGAAAAAAGAUUAAGAGAAAAAAAAAAAGGGGAGGAAAAUACAUAAAAAAAAAUUUGUUUUUGGAGAGAUAGGAAAUACAGUUCAAAAUUCUUUUUAGUGUCUCUACA